UCGUCGUCCUAGUGGAGAUUAUGGCGCCACUAGAUCGGAUCCAUUUUUGGGGCCUUUGAUACCUUUGCCAGUUAAACAAAUCUUUCUCUUUGGCUUCAUGUACCCGAUUCAAUGUACCGACUAUGUUUAUCAAUGUUUGUGUCGUCAAUUAAAUAACCAUAUGAAUGAUAAUGGACAGAAAGUUUAUGAACAUCCGGAUGAAUUUAUCAGAGAUGCCAAAGAAGCUUUCAUGGUUGAGAACUGGAUCCUAACAUCCGAAUUUUGCUGGGGCGCUUUCAGCUUGGCUGUUAAAUUGUUAUAUAAAAAAUUAAAGAUCAAGUUUUCUGCACACAAUGUUUGUUUUGCAUUGGCCUUUUUAGGUGCUAGAUGUUCUACGGAAGGGGUUUUCCUUGGUUACGUCGUCACUUUAAUGAAUCAGUAAUUUUUUUAUUAUGUUCUUUUUCUGUUUUUGAAUUAUUUUGUGUCACGUCCACCAGAUAGAUAACGGGGUUGGUGGGGGUGGGGUGUAGGGAAUAAGUAUUCACCACAUAUUUAGCUAUAAGAAUUCUUAUAGACUUAUUUCGAACUUUAAUUUCAAAAAUCUUUGUUUAUUUCAAAACAAUUCAAAUUCCUUUUAUUACAGUUCCUUAUAUUUUUAAUUUUUAGUACACAUCAGAACUUUUAUACCGGUGAGUCAAAGAGAGAUAAGGUUAUUGACUUCAUCGCGAAGAUUGAGAAAUUUGCUCAUGAUUUUGGUGAGAUCAAUGCGAAUGAUGUGUGGAAUUUACUUUCAAAUCAUCUCCCUACACAACCUGGAUCUACUUCAGUUUAUGAAG